CCAUUGACCAAGGUAUAAUUGAUGGAGUAAUAUGGUCACUUGUUAAAAUAUAUCACGAAGAUGUUCCGAGCAAUAUUUCCCUUUCCAAUGGUACGAUUCUCGAGAGCUCCAACAUCUUGCAAAACAAACAUCCCCAUAUCCACGUCACGAAUUUCGCACCACAAUUUGCAUUGUUAAAUCAGACCAAUGUUAAAUUAUUCUUUUCACAUGGCGGUGCGGGUAGUUCUCACGAAUCUAUUUACGCUGCGAAGCCGAUGCUGUUGCUACCUAUUGCGUUUGAUCAAAUGGGUAACGCCGAAAAGCUGGAAAGUGCAGGCGUCGCGCUAGCGGUUUCGAAAUUAGAUCUGAGCGUACAAGAUAUCCACUCCAAAAUCAAGAAACUUCAAGCUGAUGAGAGUAUACAGGUGAAUGUUCGAAGGAUGCAGGUGCUGGCUAGAAUUAAUAGCAAACGAAAGUACCGGGCGGCAGAUCUCAUCGAGUUUUUGUUGUUGGCUUCGCAGUUGAACAAUAAAGAUGAGUAUGUUGAGGAAGAGGAAGGCGUGGUGAAUAAUGAUGAUACUUUUGUGGCAGAGA